GAGCUCUAGCAGUGCCGCCAGAGUCGAGCAAGCCGCGGGCGAGCGCCGCGCCUCGCCUCGCCUCGCCUCCUCCGCAGGGAGCCCGCCGGCCGGGGCUCUGCCUGGACCAUGCCGAUCCUCCUCUUCCUCAUAGACACGUCCGCCUCCAUGAACCAGCGGGCGUACCUGGGCACCAGCUACCUGGACAUCGCCAAGGGCGCCGUGGAGAUCUUCAUGAAGCUGCGGGCCCGAGACCCGGCCAGCCGCGGCGACAGGUACAUGCUGGUUACGUUCGACGAGCCGCCCUACUGCAUCAAGGCUGGAUGGAAGGAAAACCAUGCAACAUUCAUGAAUGAACUGAAAAACCUUCAGGCUUCAGGACUAACAACCCUUGGUCAGGCACUCAGGUCAUCGUUUGACUUGUUAAAUCUCAAUAGAUUAGUGUCUGGAAUAGACAAUUAUGGACAGGGAAGGAAUCCGUUCUUUUUGGAGCCAUCUAUUUUGAUUACCAUCACAGAUGGAAACAAACUGACAAAUACAGCUGGAGUCCAAGAGGAGCUUCAUCUUCCAUUGAAUUCUCCUUUGCCUGGAAGUGAACUCACCAAAGAACCAUUCCGUUGGGAUCAAAGGCUGUUUGCUCUGGUACUGCGUUUGCCAGGAGCUGCAUCUGCUGAACCAGAGCAGCUUGGGAGUGUGCCUACUGAUGAAUCUGCUAUCACACAGAUGUGUGAGGUUACAGGAGGUCGUUCGUACUGUGUUCGGACACAAAGAAUGUUGAAUCAAUGUUUAGAAUCUUUAGUUCAAAAAGUCCAAAGUGGAGUUGUUAUUAACUUUGAGAAGUCAGGACCAGACCCAGCUCCUAUUGGAGAAGAUGGACUUGUUGAUUCAUCCAGGCCCAUCAAUUCAUUUACUUCUCAGCCGUGGCAUAGUUGUCAUAAACUCAUUUAUGUACGGCCUAACCCUAAAACGGGUGUUCCUGUGGGGCAUUGGCCAAUCCCAGAAUCUUUUUGGCCUGAUCAGAAUUCACCAACACUGCCUCCACGCACAGCUCACCCCGUGGUGAGGUUCUCCUGUGUGGAUUGCGAACCCAUGGUCAUAGACAAGCUUCCUUUUGACAAGUAUGAGCUUGAGCCUUCACCUCUCACCCAGUACAUCUUGGAACGGAAGUCUCCCCAUACCUGCUGGCAGGUAUUUGUGAGUAGCAGUGGAAAAUACAGUGAACUUGGCCACCCGUUUGGAUAUUUAAAAGCAAGCACUACUUUAACCUGUGUAAACCUCUUUGUGAUGCCUUACAACUACCCUGUUUUACUUCCAUUGUUAGAUGACUUGUUUAAGGUUCACAAACUUAAGCCAAAUCUGAAGUGGCGACAGGCUUUUGACAACUACUUAAAAACAAUGCCUCCUUACUACUUACUGCCAUUAAAGAAAGCCCUAAGGAUGAUGGGAGCUCCAAAUCUGAUAUCAGAUAAUUUAGAUUGUGGACUUAGUUACAGUGUUAUCUCUUACCUUAAAAAACUCAGCCAACAGACAAAAAUAGAAUCGGAACGGAUAAUAGGUUCAGUGGGUAAGAAAGUUCCACAAGAAAUUGGAAUAAAAGUGAAAAAUCAUUCUAGUGGCCUCUCCUUGGUACACAGUAGGGAUUUUAAACAACUGCUGCAUGGGAUCACUGGGGAAUCUCCUCUGAGACUGUCAGAAAUGAAUGUUAAAGAAUUUACUGGAUUCCACAUAGGACUUUUAAACAAGGAUUUGAAGCCACAGGCAUUCAGAAAUGCAUAUGAUAUUCCUCGUCGCAGUCUUCUAGACCAGCUAACUAGAAUGAGAACCAAUCUUCUGAAAACACACAGGCUUAUCUUGGGGCAGGAUGAAGACUGCCUUCAUAGUGUUCCUGUUGCUCAGAUGGGAAAUUACCAGGAAUACCUGAAAAUGAUGCCUUCACCUCUUCGGGAAAUUGAUCCAGAUCAACCAAAAAGACUCCAUACAUUUGGCAAUCCAUUUAAACAGGACAAGAAGGGUAUGAUGAUAGAUGAAGCCGAUGAGUUUGUGGCUGGGCCCCAGAACAAGAUCAAGCGUCCCGGGGAGCCCAACACGCCGGCGUCGCUGAAGAGGCGGCGCAGCAUGUCCCCUCUGCUGCGGCGGCCGCAGUCACCGCCCGUCGUCACCAACCACGUGGGUGGCAAGGGGCCACCCGCUGCUCCUGGCUUCCCCUCCUACCUGAUCCUCAAGGGUGUCCCAGCAAAUAAAGAUACCAGUAACAGUGUUGUCCAAGAUGGCAAUGGAGAGAAGAAAGCAGAAAAUUGUCAGUCAAUGGAGAAGCAAAUUGAUGGCUUACCUGUGCAAAUGGCUCCUGUGGUUCCAGCUGCUGUGGGAGAGAAUGAGAUGUUACCCAACGACUUAGACUCCUUACCUGUUGAAUUCAAUUGUUUAAGUGAAGAUGGGUUGGAUCAUAAACCUGGUACCAAUGCACUUGUUCGAGGGCCUCUGAAUUACAGUGUGAGUGGAGAUGACCAAAAGCAGGCCAUAGAGUCUACUUCUGAAUCUGUGCCAAAUUCCUUUAAAAUAACACCUACCAUGUUGGAAGGAAACAAUGCUGACAUCAAAAUCAAAGUGAUGAAAGAGGUUCGCAAGCCUGGAAGAAAUUAUGAAAAAAUAUUUUCUCUUCUUGAGGAGGUGCAAGGACCUAUGGAAAUUCAGAAGUAUUUCAUUGAAUUUGCUAUCAAGGAAGCAGCAAGGUUUAAAAAACGGGUCUUAAUACAACACUUAGAGAGAAUACUAGAGGAACUAGAUUUCACCAGCCCACCCAACAGAGUUAAUCAUGUCAACAGUAGAUAAUAAUGUUCCGGACAGACGAAUGUGGACCAGGAAUGAGUUUGCUGUGCCACAGAAGAGUGGAAGAGGAUGUAGCUGCUGCCCUUACCAUCUCGGCAGUCAAGUGAUUUUACUGUCACAGUCUGAGAAGAAGCAGUGGAGCUUUAACUUUAAGAGCCUGAUUCGGCAGCUGGGCUAUAACCUUAAGGAUUUGCUAUGAAAGGUGUGGCUUUUUCCUGUGGAGGGUGCUCUUUGCUCAACAGGCGGAAGAAAAUAACCAUUGCUGCCCCUCCUGCAGGUGAUGAGAAUUUACUCAUUUGAACGCUGUCAUUAGACAUUUACGUGCUAUAGGCAGCAGGUUGCACUAAAAUGGGGCACUGUCAAAUGCACACACAGUCUGCAUCGUGGAGAGAGCCCGUGUGUUCCCAAAAAAACCCUCCCAGAAACACCUGCACUGGUAAAAUUGCAUGUUGCCACCACAGAGACAAGGGUCUUGUUCCCAAGAACUGCUAGCCAUGCCUUUAAACUUGAGAUUCAGUGUAGAUUGAGAGUAAAGAAACUGCUAUUGUGUUAAUGAAAGCUAAAGACAGCCCUGUGACUGUUACCACCUGAUGGUCACUAAACAAUCUACCUCAGACUCUCUUCUGUUUUGUCUGCAGACAUUAUGAAAGUGCACCUGAGGCUUCCCAGGUCCCCGACUUCAGUUCUCUUUCAUCCUGUGAGGAGGACGGAGAUUCUUCAGGUGGCCUUGGCACACGCUGUGCUUUGGAAGCACUAAAAGGAAACGCUUUUCAAAAUGUGUAUUUUAAUGUUCAUACAAAAGAGAUUAUUUUGAACAGUAUUGUUACCAGAUCACUAAUUUGAUAUUUUAACUGUAUAAUUUUUUUGGAACAUAUGUAUAUAUAAAAUAAACCAUUUUAUUAAUUUUUAAGAA